AUGGUGAAUCAGUUAUUCGCAGUCCUGUCAGCUGCAGACCCGUUAGCCAAAGCACCAGCACCGUCAGCAUCAGCCGCAGCACCGUCAGCCAAAGUACAGUCAGCAUCAGCCACAGUACAGUCAGCAUCAGCCGCAGCACCGUCAGCCACAGUACCGUCAGCAUCUGCCGCAGCAGCAGUACCGUCAGCAUCUGCCGCAGCAGCAGUACCGUCAGCAUCUGCUGCAGCAGCAGCACCGUCAGCAUCAGCCAUCACACCCGACAUGGUGAAUCAGUUAUUCGCAGUCCUGUCAGCUGCAGACCCGUUAGCCACAGCAGCAGCACCGUCAGCAUCUGCCGCAGCAGCAGUACCGUCAGCAUCAGCCGCAACAGCAGCACCCCCAGCAUCUGCAGCAGCACCGUCAGCCGCAGCAGCAGCACCCUCAGCAUCAGCCGCAGCACCGUCAGCCGCAGCAGCGGCACCCUCAGCAUCUGCUGCAGCCGCAGUUUCACGGGUCUCCCUGUACACAUUGCAUUAUUUGCCACAUGACAUGUGCCAGUCCCGAAUGGAUGGGCGGCAAUGGAGCAAUGCCUGCACCAUCAUUGCAUGUCUACAGGCCUGGAAGUACCUGACUGUGCCCUACCCCAUACAGCCAUUGUCAUCUGCCGAAGUCACGAAGAGAUUUGUAAACAGCAUGAGAGAGGGCAAUCGACUGUAUGAUGAUGCCAAGUUGGGGAACAAUCUCCUUGCCAUUUAUGAUGCGCUUGAUGUCAUACCAGGCAAGCCACUUCGGGUGGCACCUCGUUCCGAUUUUGGUGCACGAAAUGAGGAAGGUUUAUCAAAGUUGUUAGAGAAGUGUAAGGAUCAGGCUAUUCUUUCCCAAUCUGUUCUUCCUAAGAAAGGUUUGCUCCCCACACCGGAGCUCGCGCUAUUCCGCCGACUUUACUUGACACUUGACUGA